AUGGUAGAUUUUAACAAACGAUCUUUUUGGCAUUUUACAUUAAAAGAUAUAUUAGCUAUUAUAUCUUCAGUUGCUAUACCCAUAGCUCUUGCUAUUUAUACUACAAUUGGGUCUCAACAACAAAAACAACAAGCUGAGAAAAAACAAAAGUUUGAUUUUGAACAAUCAACACAAUUAAGACAACAAACACUUUAUGAUGAAUUCUUGAAUAAUAUUUAUAAAUUAGAUAAAGAUGGUUAUCUUAAUGACACAAAAAAUCCAUGGGCAUUUGCAAAUGCAUAUUAUCGUGCUGCUCAUCGUCAAUGGGAUGCAACACGUAAAGCAGAUGUUAUACAAUUUUUUAAAGAAAAACAAUUAAUUGGUAGAAAUAAUUGCACUGAUGGAUGUAGAACAACAAAAUUAGACGAUAUAAUCCGUUUGAAUGAGUUAAACUUUGAUAAUGUACAUCUAACAAGUGAAACUGGUGUAUUAAAUAAGUUGAAUUUACAAUGUGUUUCUUUUGAUCAAGUAUCAAUGUCAAAUGGGGAGUUUUCGUUUGUCAAUUUAAAUGGUGUAUCAUUUGAUGGAGCACGGUUAGAUAACGCGAAAUUUGAUGGUUCAUCACUACGUUGUGCUAGUUUUAAUGGUACAAAUCUGACAGGUGCACAAUUUUCAAAUAGUGAUUUGUCGAACGUUAAAUUAACGGAGGAUCAAAUGAAACAGGCAUCUUUUCAUAAUGUAACUAUGCCAAACGGAAAGAAGAGUGAAACUAUAUCCUCAAUAACAACAAAAAAACAUAUAGCACAAACAACAACAAUAAUAAAAACAGAAAUGGCAACAGCACCAUCUUUAAUAACAUCAUCAUUAUCAUCAUCAACAUCAACGCCAUCAUUCUCAACUACAUCAUUGACAACAACAACAUCAUCAUCAAUCUCAACAACGUCAUCGGUAACAAUGCCAACAACAACAACAACAACAACAACAGUAAGUACAAUAUCGGUAGUAGCAGCAACAUCGUCAUUAUCAGCAGCAGCAGCAGCAGCAGCAGCAGCAGUAACAUCAUCAUCGAUAGAAGCAACAUCGUCAUCAACAGCAGCAGUAACAGCGUCAUCAUCAACAGAAGCAACAUUACCAACAGCAGUAGCAGAAUCAUGGACAGCAACGUCGGCAACAAUAACAUCACUUGGUCAGUAA